AUGAACGAACCAAAAAUAUUUCGUGUCGCAACUUUUAACAUACGCUUUGAUAAUAAUGAAGUUCCUGCCACUUCUGUAAAUAAGGUUUCAUCAAAUGUAACUGGUGAAACCCCGUGGCAGGUUAGACGUGUUAAAGUUGCCGACACAAUACUUUUUCACAGAAUUGACCUCGUUGGUAUACAGGAAGCUUUGUAUAACCAAAUCAAAGAUUUGGAGCUUUUGCUUGGUUCUAAUUGGGGCUGGGUUGGAGUUGGAAGAAAUGAUGGGAAGAAAUCAGGAGAAAAUCGAUUGAAAUUAUUGGAUUCUAAACACUUUUGGCUCUCUGAGAACCCAGAUAUUCCUGGUAGCAUAGGCUGGGACGCCGCACUUACGCGUGUUGUUACUCAAGCAAGAUUCCAAGAUUUAUUGACAAAUUCUUCAUUCGUUUGGAUCAAUACUCAUUUUGAUCACUUGGGAAUAAAGGCUCGAUUAGAAAGUUCUAAAUUGUUAUUAAACCAUGCUCGUAAAUUAGCUUCAUCAAGUUCACCAACAGUAAAAGUGUUUUUAUCGGGCGAUUUUAAUUGCGAAGAAAGUAGUGAGGCUUAUAAAUUACUUACAGGAGUAAAUCAUCAAGAUAUUAUUAAAUCAAAUGAUCAAAAAUCUAUUACCACUAUGAUUUUCGCUGAUACUCGUUAUGAGAUUAAUGGUCUUAAAGGAGGAUCAUUUGGCUUUUCCAAUACUUUUACGGGAUUCUCAGAAGGUACGAAACAGGAAAGAAUUGAUUUCAUUUUAGUUGAUAACAUUAGCAUUUCAACACGAGCUGUCGAAGUAAUUAGUCAUGGAGUGGUGUCGAAUCUUUACGAUGAAAUGUACAUUAGUGAUCAUCGUCCAGUAAUUUCCGACUUGCUCAUUCGUUGA